ACAUUUUGUAACUAGAUCGGCUACUAGCAUUGGAAGGGCCCACGUUUCAUCCCUUCCUCUAGAAAGCCUACCGGCAGUUUUUGAAUCUGCCCUGCCCCCACUCCAGCAGAGAAGGACAGGGAGAGCAUUGGCGGUAGCCCUGUCUGGAAAGGGCGGCCCUUUGCCUUGAACAGGAAGCCACAACCACCUAGAAAAUGGAGCCUUCUUCUCUAGAAACUACAAUUCCCAGCGGCCUCCACGCAGAGCAUGCGCGGGAAUGUGCCAGGCGGGCCGGCCGAACCAACUUGCCUUUCGAUUCCCGACAUGCUUCAUGGUGUGUUCCGGUUUCCUUGAUUUCCUACCCCCGCCAAACUUCCUGUUUCCAGCUUUCUAGCGGCGGACUACAACUCCCAGCAUGCUGAGAGAGCUGACAAGGAAAGUUUCGAGCGUUUUGCUGGCAAAGGGAUUUCUUACAACCUCCAGGCAUGCGUCUUUCUGCCCUGCUGGCCUUGGCAUCCAAGGUCACUCUGCCCCCCCAUUACCGCUAUGGGAUGAGCCCCCCAGGCUCUGUUGCAGACAAGAGGAAGAACCCCCCAUGGAUCAGGCGGCGCCCAGUGGUUGUGGAACCCAUCUCUGAUGAAGACUGGUAUCUGUUCUGUGGGGACACGGUGGAGAUCCUAGAAGGCAAGGAUGCCGGGAAGCAGGGCAAAGUGGUUCAAGUUAUCCGGCAGCGAAACUGGGUGGUCGUGGGAGGGCUGAACACACAUUACCGCUACAUUGGCAAGACCAUGGAUUACCGGGGAACCAUGAUCCCUAGUGAAGCCCCCUUGCUCCACCGCCAGGUCAAACUUGUGGAUCCUAUGGACAGGAAACCCACUGAGAUCGAGUGGAGAUUUACUGAAGCAGGAGAGCGGGUACGAGUCUCCACACGAUCAGGGAGAAUUAUCCCUAAACCCGAAUUUCCCAGAGCUGAUGGCAUCGUCCCUGAAACGUGGAUUGAUGGCCCCAAAGACACAUCAGUGGAAGAUGCUUUAGAAAGAACCUAUGUGCCCUGUCUAAAGACACUGCAGGAGGAGGUGAUGGAGGCCAUGGGGAUCAAGGAGACCCGGAAAUACAAGAAGGUCUAUUGGUAUUGAGCCUGGGGCAGAGCAGCUCCUCCCCAACUUCUGUCCCAGCCUUGAAGGCUGAGGCACCUCUUUUUCAGAUGCCAAUAAAGAGCACUUUAUGAGUC